AUGCCACCUAAACGCAAGGCGGUGAGCGCGACUACAAACACGCAGGUUGUUGAUGCGCCGCAGACCCGAUCAAGAACUCGCAGUCAGCAGUUGCAAACUCCUGCGGAGCCAGUUAGGGAUGCCGCCCAUCUCGAAACCAGCAGAGCUAUGUCAUCAACGCCGAAACAAAAUGCGGCACGAAAAAGAGGCCCCUGGGGGGAAGAUUAUCUCAUGACAAAUCCCAAAUCAGCUUUGGUUCAUGCAGAUCUUGUGAGACUGUUCUCCAAUCCCAAGGCAUGGGAAUACCUGGAGGAAGAUGAGAAGCGAGAGCUUAUCUCUCUAUUACCGUCGCACAUCCAUCCAAAUCCCGAUCCGGAUCCUGAAGAUCCCGAUUCCAAAAUUCCACCACUUCCUGAGAGCUUUCUACGAUAUGAUAACAACUGGCGAGCUGCCUUGCGGAAUUUCCAGUACGACCUUGAGUCUGGCCGGUACAAACCAGAUUGGCAGAGACAAGCUAGACGAGCAGUGCAGGAACGAGCGGAGGGGAAAUUUGAUGACUAUAAAGAACGAGAGUUUGAGCAGUUCUGGGGCCAGAAACAGAAGAUAAACCAUGGCCUCAUUGCUGGAGAAAGUUCCAAAGUCAAGUUGGAGACCUUGAUCCAACACGAUGUCGUGCGGGUGGGGGACGUGUGGAAAUAUUGGCGCAAGUUCGGGAAACAGACUGUUAUUGAGAAGGAGGUUAAGAUCACAGCCAUCGAUGGCGCAAUACUCAGUUUCUUGGUGCCUGUCGGGCAGCGAGUAUUCCUGUGCUCUUUUAAUGAACCAGAGAAAGAUCCCACGCAUGAAGGAAAGCAUGCAGUCACAGAUGACUCACAAAUGAACAAUGAUAUUAGUCCCGUAUCUCAUGACGAUGAACCGGCAGCGUUGAAAACCCACGAUCAGCCAAAUCAAGAUGAGCCGAGCAAAGGUUCCAACGACGCGGAUAAUUCUGAUCAUGCACCUGGACCUCAGCUAGAUGUCGAAGCAGAAAUUAACAAAGAGGAAAUACAGGUCAAGGAAGAUGAGUCAACUACAGACCAGCCAAUGGCAGAAAUCUUGCCCGAUGAUCAUCAACAUACAGCGAAGAAGCGAGGUCGGGGCCGCCCACGAAAACGCAAAACGCUCGAUGAAGAUGAAGUUCCGGUAAACACUGCUCUUGAAGCUACGGAAGCCUCCGUCGAUGCAGAAACGGAACCUUCGUCUUGUCCCGUAGAGAAUGGCACUUCUUUGAACCCGGAUCAAGAUGCGAAAGGUGGCACGCAAAAGGAGCCCACCACUUCAAUGGACGUGGACUCUCCAGGGGUCGAUAAGCUUACGCAAGUGGAGACCGAAAAUCCUCAAUCACAAAAAACCCUGCCACUUUCUCCCACGUCUCUCGAAAUAGAGGUACACAAUAUCGCAGGACCUAAUGCUCUUACAAAGAAGAUUCUUGAAAUCGAUGGACGCAUUAAGAAUCCGCCAAAUGGGAAUGCCUGGAAGGAGUUUCGCUGCUACAGAAAUAAUCAGGACAUGGGCAGUUUGUGGGAAGUUCGACAAGCUUGGUAUGUCAAAUUUCAACAGGAAUGA